UGGAGUGCGCAUGUCAAAAUUUCAUGUCAUUCACACAUCAUUUUAUUUUGUGAUAUCGUAAAAACGAGGUGAAUUUGUGAAAAUAUAAGGACGUGGUGUAUUUGGGCAUGAGCGCCUCAUUUCAACGAACGAUUGAGUUAAAUAAAAUAACGUGGACAAUGUAUUAGUGGACGUUAAAACUUCAGUGUACCAUGGUGUUCGAAAAACUGAAAGGAAAAUCGACAAUUUUCGCUGUUUCCCACUGAAUUUCCGUGCGGUGCGUUUUGUUAAUUAUAUAUAUUAUUUUGUUUUACAUUCCGAUAUUAAUGUGAAUUUAUUACAAGCAGUGUGUAUGGUGUACAACUUUAUCUAUUUUCGACUACGUUUUGAUCUAUAUUUAACGUCAGUGACUCUUGAUUUAAUGAAUAACAUUUAUGAAAACGAGCAAAUUGCAUACAUGGCGUCCGUGGCACCGAAAACCCUAAAUCUAAACCAACGCGCACUCUCCCACAUUUCAACCAUAUUGAAUUAAACGAAUUUAUUAAAAAAAAAAUGCGCUCCGUCACAACCCGUCCACGUUAUCACACGGCAAGAGUCAUAAAAAAACUAAAAAUAAAAAAGAAAUACGAGCUUACCAACAUAAGAAUAUUGUGUUCUAAACUUUUAAUAUAAGUUACCAACGUAAGAACGCGAAUUCUUUUUUUUUUAUUUGAAAAAUUUUUUCGAGUAAAGAGGCUUUAAACUCUGUAGAUUAUUAUUGAUGUGAAGUGGAAUAGUUGCCUUCUAGUUGGUAGUCUGUUGGUCCAAUCUCCUUAAUAAAUAAAUAAAUAAGUAAUAAUUUUUCCCCCUUUUAUAUAAUAUAAUAAAUAAUAAAAACGGUGUUUUAGAUUAUUGUAUUAAAGUGUGAUUGAAAGUGUGAUAUCAACAAUGGAGAAUACUGAAGUGGAGAAGAGCCCCAGCUCUGAGGAGACUACGCAGCUUAACAGGAACAGGAGUUUCAAAUCAAAACAGCUGGUCCGCAGUCAAGCGAUACGCGAAACCCAUUCGCCUCCCCGCGCCCUAUCCCCCGCCCACCCCACAAACAUAACCCCAUCUCCCCCCAAAAUCACAAACUCCUUGCCUAACAUGAACAACUCCACCCCAAUCAACAACAUAGGCAAAACCAAUUCCGUAACAACCUCGCCUAGCGUAGGAAACUCAUCUUCAAGUGUCGGUAACUCAUCUAUAAGCGUCGGGAAUUCUUCUCCGAGUGUGGGGAUUUCUUCUCCGAGUGUCGGUAAUUUAUCUCCGAGUGUCGGUAAUUCGUCUCCGAGUGUGGGGAUUUCUUCUCCGAGUGUGGGUAGUUCGUCCCUUAGUGUCGGAAACUCGUCCCCGAGUAUGAAAAAUGGAGCUACGGAGAAGAAUGAUGUGAGAACUGUGAGCGUGAAUGCCAGUGAGGACUCUAGUCAUGUUAGUGUUAGAUGUAGUGAUGUGAUUAACAGUAGUGAUGUGAAACAUAGUGAUAGUGAUGAGUUUAAGAAGAAAUUGCCGGUUGAGAUUCAGAUAACAUCAGGCAGCUGGGACGACUCGCACGCCGAGCGGCACAGGACUCGGCGCUGGCACUCGGAGGCGCAGCGAGACUUGCUGUCGAACAACCCGAGGGUGUCCUGUGUCUGCGGCAACUGCACCGCCUGUGUACAUUGCAGAGGUCGCCGCCGCCGCCACUACUGCGCAACGAAGCAAGACUCGGGCAUCGUCUGCCCAGACGACUGUCCAGACUCCUCGGAUAAUGACACAGGCGCAUCUAAUAGCGACACAAUGAGGAAAUCAAACAGUCUGGAUGUGGACGAGCCACACUAUUGCAGAUGCCCAGAAAGGAAACCAGAUCCCCCAAGACCGAAGAAUCCACAGCUUAGUAGAAACGAUUCAGACGAUCGCUACGAACCGACGGGCCCAGAGCUAGUCGCCUUCAUUAAAGACACCCUCAACAAGAACAUGCGAGACAGGAUGGCACUCCUCAAGAUCGAGAGGGAACUACACGCUCUAGUCAACGAUACGGGACGCUGCAUAGUCCGGUUCCCGGUGAUGACGUCGUACGGGCGCAUGCUGGUGCACCGCUGCGCCGCGCUGUUCCAGCUCUCGCACCACCUCGACAUGACCAACAAGACCUCCGUGCUCGUCUCCAAGAGCGGCACAUCGGGCGGCCGCAUCCCGUGCACGAGCUUCAAGGAGUGGUGCACGGUGCAGUUCCCGCCCAGUCCGCAGCGACACCAACCCGACGCUACACACGCCAAGUGUACCUCCGACAGGUCGAUACUGAAGCGAGACAGUCAGUCCAUGGAGGAGCCGGGAGUGACCCUCGCCAGCUACAGGAGCAAGUCGCUCGAACAGAGGGAGAAGGAGUACGAGAGGGUGCGCCGGAGGAUAUUCAGCUCGCAAGACGAGGCGCAAUGGCCGUGGUUGACGUCGGGGCCUAUCAAACUGCUUACAGCCGAAGGCAGGAAUAAACUACUCAAGGUCCAGUCGCUAGAAGGCAGCGGUCCCCCGGGCGGGUCGUGGCGCGGGGCGCGCGGGCCGGUGUCCAAGUCGCACAGCUUCGGCGGGUACACGCACGCAGACCCCGCGCAGCCACGGGUGCUCAGCAGGCAGGGCGACCUGGCGUCCAGCAGCUGGCGCCUGUCCCCGUCCAGCUCCGGAUACAAGACGCUCAGUCUGCGCAGCACCGACUCCGUCACCCCCUCGCCCACCGGGGGCGCGAGUCCGGAGCCGUGCGUGGGGGGCGGGGGCGCGGAGGGCGCCGUGGUGUGGUGCGUCACCGACAUGUCCGCCGUGCCGCCCGGCGCCAUGGUCAUACACCCGCAGACGGGACGUCCACUUACCAACCCGGAUGGAUCAAUAUACCAGUUUGAUCCGGCUAACCCGCCCGUGUUGUACGACCCGGGCAUCGAACAGGAUGAACAACAGAAAUUGGAUUCAAAUAACGAGAAGCGUCGAGGAAGGUUGGAGAAACAACAUUCAUUUAUUGAUAACGAUUGCGAUUGCCAGCCGAGCGAUGAAUGUCGCGGCAAGUGUUGCUGCGAGUGUCGCCGGCAUGAUGCGAGUCAAGGAAACACUGCUGGAGAUAAGGAACAAAUCCCAAAACCAGUAACACCAAUAGAAACGAACACACAAACAAGCACAAACGCACAAGACACACAACACGAACCGACCAAUCAGCAACAAGAAACAUACGAGCCAGCCAAUCAGCAGCCAGUAUACGAGCCGACCAAUCACAAAGCGUACGAACCGCCACGAACGUUUGAACCAGCCAAUCAGAACGCGCAUAGCAAUAUGAUGAAUAAUCGACCUAUGAAAUUGACCAAUGAGGGGCAAGAUAUGCAAUAUGCGCAGUAUCAAGGAUAUAGGACUGAUGAGCUGACAUCCCCGCAGCAGAUGGCGAACCACUACGUGUCGCACGACGUCAACAUGCAAGUGAUGCAACACAAGAUGCAACCCAUGCCUAUGCCAGACCCUAAUAUGCGAGCGAUGCCGCUAUCGAACAUGGGCAACAUGGUGUACCAGGCGCCGAUGCCGCAACCCUACCCCUACCCGUGCAGGGUGGAGCCGUCUCUGCAGAUGUACCCUCCGGUACUCCCGCCAGAGGAACAGAAACUCGCGCCCUCGCCGCACCCCAACGAAACCGCUUUCAGAAUCGACCCGAGCUACCCGUACGCGGCCGUGGACUACACGGGCUGCGGCGCCUGCGUCGAUACUUCCAUGCAACGCAGCUACAGCGUGGGGUACGGGCAGGUGGAGGUGGGGGCCCCAGUGCUGGCCCCCCACUACCCCGUGGGGAACGUACUGCUGCCGCAACCCCAUGUACAGCCAUACCCGCAAUACCAAGAACAAGUCCCCUGGCAAGUCCCCCCUGGAGUGGGGGGUGUAGGGGGAGUGGGGACGGUGGGGGGCGUGUCGUCAGUCCCCCACAAGUUGGUGGUCCCCGAGCUGUACCCGCUGCAGUGUGUACAGUACCCGCCGCACUCGUACCCGCACUAUAACAUUGUGUACCCACAGGUGAUCCAACAGCCCUACCCAAUAUGCCAACCAAUGUACCCAGUCAUGGAGAAGCAGCCUGAACAGCGAAACUCGAAACACAACUCUAUAUCAAACUCGGCCUGCCAAACUCCCUUCCAGGACGACAAAGCCGAAGACGAGAAAAAAUCCAGACAAAAUAACGAAAUCGCAGCCAAAAUACAACAAAUUAAGACUCAAAUGGCCCAGUUGAAUACUAAAGACGGAAAGGAAAGGGAUUAUAGGAAACGCGAGGAUUAUAGCAGGCGUAGGAAUAACGGGAAUGGGUUGUUGGGUAAUUGUCCCGUUAGUAAUUAUAAUGGAAGGGUGUUCGGGCGCGGUGGUACUGAGGACCGACACCUGAGCUCGGCGGCGCGCGCCAUCGUCGACUCAAUCCGGAGUAUGCAAGCCAAAAAUACAUAUCACCAAGACAACCGUCGCGACUACCAACGCUUCGAUCACAAACCGGAGCGGCCGGAGUUCCGGCGCCGCGACCGGGACGACGGUACCGCCGGCGGUAACAAGGCCGACGGCGACCGGCCCGGGGACGGCCCGCAAGCCGACCGGUACGACGCCCGGAAUAGGGGACUCAACGUACCCGUGUACCGGCAGCCUUAUUUAUUCAGACAAAUGACGCCCGGGACGUGGUGUCGACGUUCACCCGGGGCAGUACAUCCAGUACUGAACCCACAGCGGCGACCACACCCGGACACGCGGAACCCUCGUCGUUAACAUAUUCACAAAGCAAUAAUUAUAUGUACAUACUACCUAUACACACACGGGGUAAGCAGAGAUAUAGGUCCCUAAGUCUUCGACUGCCAAUAGAAAACUGUUGAAGGCAAAUCCUCCGCUAACGUCGGUCACCGGUGACCACCACGGCGUUCAAUGUGUUAACCGAUGUUAUUUACCUCUCACUACAUGGCAACUGUGAAUGUUGACUUGUUACAUUGGCAUGACUAUAAUAAGAUCUAAAUUAUUGAGAACACAGAAAUUAUUAAUUUCGGCAGUUAA